ACUGCCAUACGGCAUCUACAACCAGUCCUUAUCCAAAAGGAUAAGAGUUACAAUCAAAGAAAAGAACAAACUGGAGAAGUAAAGCAGAGUAGGCCCGGUGCGUGGGAGGAAAGGAGGUGAAAAAAAUCACUCGAGCAACCUGAGGUCGACCGAUCCAGCCAUGGGACACCCUUCAAACUACUCCGGAGAGGAUGGCGCAAGAUCUCCAAGACGCCGCGGCAGAGAUCCAGUCCGGCGGUGGCCAGAACUGGAGAAACAGCGAGCAAUGAGCGACCCCGCCUUCCUUUCUUCCAAAUUCCAAAGUCUCCCUGAUUUUCCCACUCCCCAGCACAGCAAGAAAAUGGAUCCCAAUUCAGUUCAAUCCACUUUGUCGAAUUUAGCAUUUGGGAAUGUAAUGGCAGCAGCUGCUCGUGACACUGUAGAUAAUGAUUGGGAACUUCUUGCCCAAGAGAAGACACAGGCAUCAAGUUCAAACAAUGGUGAGGUUGACCUUGACGAGCUUAUGGAUGAUCCUGAGUUGGAAAAAUUGCAUGCUGACAGGAUUGCUGCUCGAAAGAAAGAAGCAGAGAAGCGAGAAGCCUUAAAAAGGCAAGGACACGGAGAGUACAAGGAGGUACAGAAGAGUGAGCAUUUGGGGUUGCAUUUGGGAGUGAGAGGCGCAACGGUUCUAGAGUAGUUCUUUGGUUUAGUUUAAGUUAUUUCUGAAUUGUGGAAUAAUUAGAAAUGAAGACCUAUUUGCUAUGACUUAUUGCUAUUAAAUUUUAUGUUGGAUUUUAUGAAGUGAGGAUCAAGUGUUUUGGAUUUGACCAACUAUUCGUACAUGUUAAUAAAGAUGGAGGUUCUUA